CACAAAACCACAAAACGAAAAUCGAAGAGGCAACAAAGCAAGAAAGCAACAACCAAGCGAACAAAAUAGUCAUCAGAAGUUACCUUCCAAGUUACAAGUACAACAAGACCCACCUCAAUACUACUAAACUACUAUUACAAUGGGAGAAUCAAUACCGAAACAACAACAACAACAACAACAAUCCCCACAAGAGAUCAAACAACACUUGGACGAAGUGUUACAACUGUCGCUACCGAGUCGCGAAGUGCUAGAAGAAUUGGCCGUGGCAUGUGCCAAGGAUCCGUCUCCCGACAAUACGUUUCAAUAUGCGUUUGCACUGAGCAAAUCGAGCGAAAAGGCGGAAUUGCGGUAUGCCGUUACCAUUUUGGAUGGUCUCGUGACGGAAGGAUACGGGUAUCAAGCCGAUUGUCUCUACGCGGCUGCCACGGCACUCUAUUUGCUCGGCGAUUAUGAAGAAGCACGGACGCGAUGCGAGAAUAUUCUACGGAGUCAACCCGAUUUGGCCAUUGGUCUGGAAUUGCACGCUGCGAGUGUCGCAUCCAUGGAACAACGGGAUGCCGAAAAACUCAAACAGGCGGCAAUAGGAGGAGGAGCGGCUCUGGCCGCACUGGGAGUGGUGGCGGGAGUCGCCAGUGUUGUCAUGGCCAAUAGCCACUAAAAACAAUUAGCAAAUGAUUGAUUGAGCGACAAGAAAGUGAUUUCUGUGUG